UCUCCCAAGCAGAUCUGUGGUCUUUCCUUCUCUGGACCCCAACAUAGAAACUCUCUCUCUUCAACGACCGCCCCAGCACCACCGUGGAAGGAUUGGAUGAAUUAUUACCUGAUGAACUUCCUUUCAUGGUGGUAUUUGCGCACGGCCUAUUUUCAUAAGAGGACCUGUGAUCUCCUGAAGGUGGCGUACACGCUAAUGGCGUGGCACUUGCACCCUUUCUGCCUAUUGCUUCUCUAUUUCAUCUCCAUCUCCCUUCUGGGCUUCAUCGCUCUUGUGCUUUUCGAGCAUGCGAAGCCCGGCAGUUCCACCAGCCUCGGCAAUUUCGACCUCUUCUUUAUGUCCGUGUCGGCGUUGACGUCGUCCAGCCUCGCCUCCGUCAACAUGGAGGACAUGUCCAACUCCCAGUUUUGGGUUCUCAUUUUCCUCAUGUUUGUGGGAGGUGAGGCCUUCCUCUCUGCUGUCACCCUCCUGUUUCAGUGCCUCGACUUUUCGGCCCUCGUCCCGCGGCCGGAAUUGCCCGGCGUGCCGAGGCUCCCCGACACCACGGACGUCGAGAAUGUGGGAGGGGCCGUGACAACAACAAACGUGGCGAUGGAUGACGAAGGGAUGACGAAGCUGGCCAUGAAGUGCCUAGCAAAUGUUGCCUUGGGCUUCUGCAUGUCUGUCAACCUACUUGGCUCUCUAAUGGUGUUUGCUUAUUUCAAAGUGAUUCCCAGUGCUCGGAGGAUUCUCAACCAAAAAGGUCUCAACGUGGUGACUUUCUCAAUUUUCACCACCGUUUCUUCCUUUGCAAACUGCGGCUUCUUCCCAAAUAACGAGAACAUGGUGGUCUUCAGAGAAGACUCUGGCCUGUUGUGGAUGGUUAUCGGUCAGAUUCUUGUUGGGAAUACCCUUUACCCUGUUUGCUUGACCCUCGUCAUAUGGGCACUUAUGAAAUGUUUUCCUAGGAAAGAGCACGAGUACCUGUGGAAGAAAGGCCAUGAAUUGGGGUACUCCCACUUGUUCCCAUGGCGGAGCACCGUUUAUCUCACAAUCUCCGCUGUUGGGUUCACGGUCGUGCAGCUAAUCAUGUUUGGGUUCUUGGAGUGGGAAUCCGUGUCGGGGAUUAGUUUCUACCGCAAGUUCGUCGCCGGGCUUUUCCAGUCUGUCAACGCAAGGCAUGCCGGAGAAAUGGCCUUCGAUCUUUCGGUUUUCUCGCCGGCGCUCUUGGUGGUCUACAUAGUUAUGAUGUAUCUUCCUCCGUAUGUGUUCUUGGUGCCCCUGUCGGCUGUUAAAACAAUAAAGGACAACCACAACGGAAGCAGUAAGAAGAAGAAGAAGAAGAAGGGAGUGGAGUUGAUAAUGCAGUAUUUGCUUCUUCCACAGGUGGCUUACCUCGUUGUCUUUGUGGUGCUGGUCUGCAUCACGGAAAGAAAACAGCUCCGUGCUGACCCCCUCAAUUUCAACGUCUUGAACAUUGUGUUCGAACUUUCCAGCGCCUACGGGAAUGUGGGCCUAACAACAGGCUACAGCUGCCGACGGCUACAAGAGAUCACCGACAGGCCAUGCCGAGACUCAUCGGUGAGCUUCUCCGGGAAAUGGAGCGUGGCGGGCAAAAUUAUAAUCCUCGUCGUCAUGUUCUUUGGAAGAGUCAAAAAAUUCACAGCAGGAGGCAAAGCCUGGGUUACCGUCAUGUAACCCAUCGUUCGAUACAGAUCCUUCGUUUUUUCUAAUAGUUUACACAUAGGUGUCCUAACUUAUGGCAAAUUUAUCAUUAGCCACCUCUUUUUUCAAAUAUUUGGCUUGUAUAAUGCAUUGUCCUUGCAGGGCCCACUUGUAAAAUUAGCCUAAUUCGUGGGACUUGAAGGCGUCGAGCAGUUUAUCUAGAAGUAGCUUGGCCACAAAGCUGGAUGUAAUGACCAGAAAAGCUCGGGUCAUAAAAGAAUUUUUUUUAUAAGGAUAAAAUGCUAAUAAAAAUUUAAAAGUCCAAAAGAGACAUCUAAAAAAUAACUUUCUAAAAUA